AUGGCACGUUUGGCAGUCUAUGGAGCCAUCAGUACCCUUCUUGCGGGAGCAGUAAUAGCCAAUGCAUUUGCACAGCGAAGUAAUUUCUAUGCAGCAUGUAUUUACCUCUAUCGGUCCAAUGCCUGUAUGAUGAUUAUCCUCAAUCUUGGCUUAUUCUUGACCAUCAUUGCAGGACAAUUAGUUCAAAUCAUCUUUUUUGGCAACCUUAGGACACUCGAAGUCGAGCACUUGUACGAACGUGCCUGGUAUGCAGUGACAGAGACGUGUUUAGCGAUGACAAUUUUUAAGGAUGAAUUUGAUACGCGCUUCGUGGUCAUGUUCACAGUAUUGUUAUUCCUGAAAGUAUUCCAUUGGCUGUGUAUGGAUCGUGUAGAUUCGAUGGAACAAUCCCCCGAAAUUCCUCUAUCGUUUCAUGUCAGGAUGGUGACAAUGAUUGCAAUGCUCGUGAGUCUAGACGUUCUUCUUGUCUAUCAUGCUGUCAACAUUGUGACCCUUAAAGGCCCUAAUAUGAUGAUCAUGUUUGGUUUUGAGUACACUCUGCUUGCCACCAGCUUAAUGGCUUCUUUUGGAAAAUAUGUACUCCAUACAAUCGACAUGCGAACGGAGGAUCCCUGGGAGAACAAGUCUAUGCUUUUGUUCUACCUUGAUCUGGUUGCAGAUUUUGUGAAGCUUGUGACGUAUCUCUUGUUCUUCAUGGUGAUCUUGGUGUGCUACGGCUUGCCUCUGCAUAUUAUCCGAGAUGUCUACAUGACCAUGCGAUCCUUCCUUCAAAAGUGUAAAGAUCUUAUCCAGUACCGAAAAGCAACUCGAAAUAUGAAUGAACGUUAUCCAGAUGCUUCACCUGCUGAAUUGGCCGCCCUUAGCGACCCCAUUUGUAUCAUUUGCCGUGAAGAGAUGGUUGGACAUCAUUCGAAUGCCCCAGCUGGACAAAACGCAGCAGGAACAACAGCACCGGCGCCAGCAGCAGCAGGAGCACAACAACAAGCACGACCUGCUAGCAACACACGUCCAACAGGAUCCAGCACAAAUGUACCCAAGAAACUUCCAUGUGGUCAUAUCUUCCACUUUCAUUGUCUUAAGAGUUGGUUGGAGCGACAGCAAAGUUGCCCUACUUGGUAA